AUGUGCGAUAAUUGCUAUCCGCAAUCGUGGAAACCAGUCGAAGCCAAAGAAUCGUCCCCUGUGGCACUUUCGUCAGAUGACAAGACUUGGGCGCUGUCGAGAGCUCGAGAGGCCAUAAAAGAUGGGCUCCAUCCUGCAGUUUUUCACCAGCUCUCGAGCCCUCGUCUUUUCUCGCCCAUUUCCUCUGCCUCUUCUGCCAUGUCUGCUCCUCUCACCCUCUAUCUCGCCGAGUCCGGUCUCAACUGGAUGAAACUCGUUGUGGUCAUGGAAGAGCUCGGUCUCUCUUACAACGAGGUCAUCCUUGACUUUGCCAAGGAGGAACACAAGACCGAAGAAUAUCGCAAACUCAACCCCAACGGUCGCAUUCCAACCCUCGUCGACCACUCCAACAACGACGAGGUCGUCUGGGAGAGCAACGCUAUUCUCAAGUACAUCGCCGAGCGCUAUGAUACCGAGAAGAAGCUCCUUGUGACCGACGACAAGGAAAAGGCCGACCUUGACACUUGGCUGUUCUAUCAAGCAUCUCACCAGGGACCCACGUUCGGACAGGCCCAAUGGUUCAUGUUCUACCACACGGAGAGGAUCCCCAGUGUGAUUAUCCGCUUCCAGAACGAGAUCAAGCGCAUCUUCGGUGUUCUCAAUGACGUCUUGAGCAAGAAGGAGUGGCUGGUCGGAAAUAAGUGCACGAUCGCGGACCUGGCCUUUAUCAAGUACAACGACUAUGCCAUUCAUCAUCUCCUCCCGAAAACUUCAACGUCGAGCGCGACUGUCCAGUACGCAUUCAAGCAUAUGGAUGAGCUCGACGUCGGUCGCGAGAGGCAGCACGUAACUGGUAUGACUCACUCGGCAUUCGCUCAGUCCGCUGUCGGAAUCGCGAGGCGUGGUAUUGCGGCACAGGCUGCAAAGGGGGAGAUUCUGUCGACUGCGUAA